AAUUAGACUACUAUUGCCGCCUGGAAAAGAGUAGCGAGUCAACCAACGAACAUUUUUUUGUCUGUCUUCGAGUUACAAAUUCCCACUUUUUAAGAAUGGCUGAUGACCUGCCAGAAGGGUGGGAAAUUCGUUACAGUAAAACCCAUAAUGGUCAACCUUACUACUAUAAAAUGGCUUCAAAGGAAAGUCGAUGGGACAAACCUGAGGGCCCUCCAGCAGGCAAAGUACGUUGUUCCCAUCUCCUAGUGAAACACAGAGAUUCCAGAAGACCAGCCUCCUGGAAAGAUGACAGGAUCACUCGGACGAAAGACGACGCUCUUCAGAUACUCAAAGGUCAUAGAGCGAAGAUAGUUGCAGGGGACGUCACAUUAGGAGACCUAGCCAGUACGGAAAGCGACUGCAGCUCGGCGCACAAGAAGGGCGAUCUCGGAUUCUUUGGCCGUAACCAGAUGCAGAAGCCCUUUGAGGAAGCCUCUUUCAAACUCGAGGUCGGCCAGAUGAGUGACCCAGUUUUCACAGACUCCGGCAUACACAUCAUCCUCAGGACGGCUUGAGGAAAAUCACAGUGGAUGGUGGAAGUGAUAAGUUAGGGACCAGUUUCACAAAUCCUUUUUUCAAUGACAAAUGACAAAUAUCAGUGACAAAUCUGCUGAUAACCAAUCAGAAGCAAGGAUUUCAGUAGCUUAUAACACAAAUUGUCAUCUGUCACUGAUGACAAGUUUUGUGAAACGCCCCCCCAGGCCAUCAUGUUCCGAAACCAUCAUAAAGUAUGAGUUCACCGACACCCAUUGAAACGUGCGAUGACCCAUCGACUACCAAAUUGUCAUAUUCCGUAUAGGUAUACUACAGAAACCACUCGGUUCCAGUAGACAAGUUAAAUUCUAAUACACAAUUUUU